AUGGCUUCCGCAAACGUCCCGGUUGCUCGAGGCCUCCUCCUCCUCCUCCUGCUCGCCUUUGUUUUUGUCGAGAUCGCAUCUGCAACUCCACCAUCUUCUACGCGCAAGAGAGUGAGACGCUUGCCCCACCACCUGCAAAAUGAACUGCCACACCAGUCUGCCGUAAGUCGGUCAUUAUUAGUUCAGUAUCAAAGGAAGCUAUUCACAUACGUUGUGUUGGUCUCUCUCUGUGCAGGUUGCGACGAGCCUGGCGCUGUGUGCGAUGAUCCCCGCUUCAUCGGAGGGGAUGGCAUCACCUUCUACUUCCACGGCAAGAAAGACAAGGACUUCUGCUUGGUGUCCGACACCAACCUCCACAUCAACGGCCACUUCAUCGGCAAGAGGGGGGACGGCAUGAACCGAGACUUCACAUGGGUCCAGUCCAUCGGAAUCCUCUUUGACGAACACAGGCUCUUCAUUGGUGCCAAGAAGGUCGCUGAAUGGGAUGAUGCGGUUGAUCAGCUGGCCAUUGCCUUCGACGGCGAGCCCGUCUUCCUCCCCGCCGCGGAGAACGCUCAGUGGUCGAGUAACGCACCGGCGAAUGAGGUCGUGGUCGAGGCACCCAACAAGUUCAGGAUCAUGGUCAAGGUGGUUCCUAUCGGCAAGGAGGAAUCUAGGGUCCACGGCUACGGCAUCACCAACGACGACUGCUUGGCUCACGACUUAGGCUUCAGGUUCUACUCCCUUACCGGCAGAGUCAAUGGCGUGCUGGGCCAAACCUAUGCGGACAACUACAAGAGCAGAGCUAAGAUUGGUCUGAAGAUGCCGGUGCUGGGAGGUGACCGCGAGUUCCUCUCUUCGGGACUCUUCGCCACCGACUGUGCCGCCGCAAGGUUCACGGGCACGGCGUCCGGCUUGACCGUCGAGGGAGCCGUUCGUCCGGGCGAAGACGACUUGGUGUGCAAAACCGGGUUCAAUGGCCGUGGCAUGAUCUGCAAGAAGUGA